AUGUCUGACAAGAAAGUCAUUACAGUGUUCGGUGCCACUGGCAACCAGGGAGGCUCAGUCAUAGACAUCGUUCUGGCGCGAACAGAGCUCUCCUCCAAGUAUGCUCUCCGCGGUGUUACUUGCGACCCCUCCAGCUCCAAAUCCAAGGCUCUCGCCGACAAAGGCGUCGAAAUGGUCAAAGCUGAUCUUGACGAUGUGGAGGCCAUGAAGCAAGCCAUCAAAGGCUCCUACGGCGUCUUCGGUGCCACCGACUUCUGGGCUAUCAUGGACAAGCAACGAGAGAUUCAGCAAGGCAAGAACAUUUUCGAAGCUGCCAAGUCCCAGGGUGUCAAGCAUUAUGUCUUCUCAAGCUUGCCGCAUGUUGAGAAGCUUACGAAUGGCGAAUUGAAGCAUGUCGAGCAUUUCGAUGGCAAGGCAGAAGUCGCGGAGUACAUUGAAGAGAACAAGGGCGAUAUGCUUGCGAGCUACUUCAUGCCUGCUAUAUACGUCUCCCUCACAGGUCAAAACAUGCAGCGGGCUAACAUGUUCUACAGGUUCAUCACUUUCGUCAAGCAACAAAUCCGCGACGUCAAUGGCACACCAACCCUUGCUCUUCCCUUCCCAUCCGAAGACAUUGCCUGGCCCCUCCUCGACCUACGCCGCGAUAGCGGCGCAUACGUCCUAGGCCUCUUCGAAUCUGGAGCAGAUGCCAACGGUGCUCGCGCCCAUGGCGUUAGCGCAUGGACCACACCGAAGCAACUUGUGGCAGCUGCCAGCAAGGAGGCUAGGAAGGAAGUCAAGUUCGCGCCACUGCCGGCUGAGGUCUUCGCUGGGGUUUUGCCGGAGAAUAUCAGAGAUGAAUUGUUGGAGACGAUGUUGCUCGUGGGCAACUACAGCUACUACGGCCUUGGCGAGGAGAAGAAGCAGGAGGAGCAUGGUGGGAAGUGGUUGGUGAACGCGGAUUUGAUUAGUAUCGAGGAUUGGGUGAAGAGCCAUGGCCCUUGGGAGCUUUAA